CAACGUGGCUUAAAUUCAUGUAAACAUUAUUAUAUAGUGCUUUCGAAAAUUUCAUUCUAUCACAGUGAAUUAAAAAUUCAUAAGGAAGAAGUGAAUAUGUGAGCAGUCGUCUUGUCGCAGCACGGUGGGGACGAAACGCGUUAAAUUUUAUCAUAAUCCAUGAUCGACAACGAAGUGAACGUGUUGUGAUACAAAACGAUGGACUUGGAACAAUGACAAAUACCGUACCAUAGCGACAAAUUCCUUCGCUGCAAGAACAGUGAGAACACUGAAAAUCGAGCUCCUCCUCCUCCCCCCCCACCGCUAGUUGAGGCGCGUGCGCGCACGCGAUCUGUCAAAAUGAAACGGGGAGCGAGGAGGAGGUAUAUCGCUCAACCCGCUCAACCAAUGGACGUUUGGAAAAUUUCUCAUGACGUCAUUCACUCCAUUGUCAGUUCAAGCUAUUGGUCAAGCCGUCGAACCUCGGGAUCUUUUGGAGCAAGUGUGCAACAUGUCGCAUAUCCCAGCUUGAUUAGAUUAUAGGGCAGGUCUGCGUAUACUUUGCACUCGCGCUAAUAUUCUUUUUAACGUUACUUUCGUGAAUGAACGAUAUUUUCAGAAUUGUCGAAAGAAGAUCUCGUGUUCGCGAAGUCAGUGACAGAAAGACUGUCUGUUCAAGGCGUUUGAUCAAAACGAAGAAAAAAAAAAGGAAGACCAUUUGUAAUGUCACGGUGAACAUAACCCCCUUGGCUUAACUAUGACAUGUCCUCGAUUCGACGCACGAUACAACUCCAACUUUUUUUUUUUUUCGUUACGAGAUCAUUCGUGUGAUAAGCCUGCGGAAUAAUAAAGAAAUCGGUGCUUCGUGAUUAAAGUGAUUUAAACAUUAUCGUUUAAUAAUGGGCCUUUUAUUUUCCAAAUUAUGGAGUUUGUUCGGGAACGAGGAACACAAAAUUGUAAUGGUGGGAUUGGACAAUGCUGGAAAAACAACGAUCCUUUAUCAGUUUUUGAUGAACGAAGUUGUUCACACUUCUCCAACAAUCGGUUCAAACGUCGAGGAAGUAGUGUGGAAAAAUAUCCAUUUUAUAAUGUGGGAUCUUGGCGGACAACAAAGCCUCAGAGCUGCCUGGUCCACGUAUUAUACCAAUACCGAAUUCAUUAUAAUGGUAAUAGACAGCACAGACAGGGAAAGACUCAGUGUCAUACGAGAAGAAUUGUAUUCCAUGCUCAGUCACGAAGAGCUCAGUAAAGCGAACGUUCUUGUUUACGCCAAUAAACAAGAUUUGAAGGGGAGUAUGACUGCGGCGGAGAUAUCAAGACAGUUGGAUCUCACCUCUAUCAAGAAACAUCAAUGGCACAUACAGAGUUGUUGUGCUCUUACGGGAGAAGGACUUUAUCAAGGACUCGAAUGGAUUGUUGGCAGAUUGAAAAAGACAUGACGUACCCUCUGAUAAAGAAAUAUAAAAUAACCGAUAAGAUCACUCAACUGAAUAUCAACGAUGUAAAUUAAGCUACAUUUCUAGGAAAUACGUCACUCUGACGGUUGUGCAAUUGAAACGAAGGGCCGAGUGAAUACGCGAUAAUUCAUUUUCCAUCAAUUUAACGUUGAAAUCUUCCGUGUUCGAAAUAUUGAGAGUCGGAAUGCAUUUUGCAUGUAGAGAGAUUAAUAGUGGGUGGACGGGAAUCUAUUAUCGCAACUCUUCAUAGAGAGAAGAAGAGAAAAAGAAAGAGCAAUCUUGAAAGCCCGAAAUCAGAUUUCACUAACGAUAUAAUCAUGUCGGGAUAGCGAGCUAUCGAAACUUCUUUUUUUGAUUACUUGCAAAAAAAGGAUAAGAUCUUCCAUAUACGGUUCCAACAAAGAUAAUACUGAUCAAUCGAAUUUAUUUUUUCGUUCUCUUAUCAAUAUAUGGAUCUAACCCGUCCACCUUGCGUAAUUAAAUAGAAACUUGAGAAAGCUAGAGCGGAAUGGAAAGAGUGAGAGAGAAAGAAAGAGAGGUAGAGAGCAUGUGUGUGCGUGCAUGUGUAAAAGGCAAAAAAGGCAUUCAACGAAACGAACAGAAUGAUCGCGAAUCAUUUGGCUUGUUGCGCAACUGCGUAUGUGCUCCGUUGUAUAUAGUUUUUAUACUUCUGCAAAAAUAGUAAUCCGCUGUACAAACAAUCGCAAUUUUUCCGAGGACUGAAGAAGAAUGAGAAGAUAAAAGUUGCUUGAAACGGUAAAAUGUCACCAGAUUUGUUUAUCGACCUGCCGGAUUCGCACCCGCUCCUCCACCACUCGUAAUAGUUUAAGCAGAUUUAUUAGCAAAAACAUCUUGUAAGACUUCGUCAGACAAGGUUACCGGCAAGCAUCACUUGAAGGGGCAAAAGGGAGAAAAACAAAUUUCAACUUGAAUUGAAGUACAGAGUACUCUGUGAUAUAGUUUGGUUUUGAAAAUGCGCCAAUUUGGGAGAGGAUUAUCGUAACGGAGUGCGUGAUAAUGAGAGGAAAAUACAGCCGAGGAAAAAGAGAACAUGUCGACAAUUUAUAUGAAUAAUAAAUCUCGCGGAAUAAGCCAAAUUUUAAUUAACACUAUCAAGCUGAAGCUGAAUAUUUCUGUCUUUAUUUGCGCUUUUUGUUAUUCCCCAUUAUCGAAUGUACAUCAUUAAGACGAAUGGAAAUUUGGAAAUCACAGACUGCUACAGUUUAAAAGAAUUGAAAAAUCGCGUUAAUUCUCGUCGCUACGUUUCAUCUAAAUUAACACCGAAAGUUCCGCAUUAUAUAUUUCGCAUUGUACAUGUUCAUUGCCAAUGUCUGUAGGUUAAAUUAUAAUACUCCAAUAGUUAAUUUUGAAAUGAUCUAAAAUGAAAAAUAAUAGCACCGACAGAAGAUCAUUGACUAUUGUAAAUGGAGACUAACUUUAACGGUUGUUAAUUGUGUCACGUAUGCAUGUGUGUUCGAGCGAAAAAGAGAGAGAAUGAGUAAGACAAAAUCUCUGCACGAUGCCGGAGUGUAAAGGACGUACGUAAGUACGAACGAAGAUUUAUGCAGAAAAAUUGUUAGUUUUCUCAUAUUGAGAAGUGUUUACGACACGAACGAAGCGAGCUACGAAUAUUCUUUGUUAACUCAUCUUUUGCUAUUUUAUGUAAAAACUGUGUGCGUUUGAUAAAAAAUAAUGUGACGAUUUGUGCAACAAUGCAUUCGUCGCAUUCGAUUCAUCAAUCAAAGUGUUUAACUUUGAUUAUUUAAAAAUCUAUUGUCAACCAAGAAAGUAACAUCACAUUACCGUUUUUCGCUGUAAUUAGUGUAAUAAAAGAUUUGAGCAAAAAUGAAAAUCGUUCGAGAAUAAAAUAUAAGAAAAUUCAAAAUUUUAUCGAUCAAUAACGUUUUCAGAAAUGAUCUAUCCGCGUUAUGUCAUAACUAUAUUUUCUAUUGGUUUUUUCUUGUAUUUACAUGAUGCUCAUCACCGAAUUCGAGCGGACUUCGAACGACCCUGGUUUAUUCUAAGGAGCGAGACAUUUUUCUGUACAAAUUUGUUACAAUAUUUAAAAUUCGAUUUUCGAGCUGAACAAUAAAGCGUAAUGUCUAAAUUCAA